GUUUUCCAGCCUUUCUUCACCUGUGAGCCAGGUGUGAAGCCUCUGACCAAUCAGAAUCAGUAAUUAUUAAACUAACUACCUGGGAGAACUGAAAACAAGGCCUGGAUUUCGAAUCGAGGGCCUGAAUUGAAUAGCCCUGCUGUUGUACAUCACAAAAUAACCAAUAGGCCUGCAUUAAAAAUUCCAAGAUGGAUGUAUUAGUGAAUAUACAGAAACUUCAAAAUUGCAUUUGAUUGUGUAUUUGAUUCGCUUUCAAAAAAUAAUCAAAUCCAUAUCACCAAGCUGCCGCAACACGCAGGGUCGGGUGAUCCCGCAAAAUAUUCAGCUUAUUGUUCAGUAUUGUCAAAUUAAUUUCACAGCUUACUUGUUUACAGACCCAUUCUAUGUAAAAAAAAAAAAAUCAUUGCAAUGUUCAGUAAUAUCCGCAAAUGAUUGCAAUUGGGCUGUUAUUAGCUUUUAUGCUUAGAGCUUGUCCUGUAGUGGUCUGCCCCCUGACCUGAGCUUAGAAACUCAGUGCUCAACCACCAAAUAUCCCUGCUGUCCAUCAACGUAUUUAAUAUGAACUAUAUACGCCAGCCAUUUUCUACAGGCCCACAUACAAUAAGGUUGCACGUCUCACCUGAAAUCACUUUAGUGAAAUAUUCAGCCCUGUGAAUGGUUCAUCAAUAUUCAGUGCUGUUCUUUUCGGGUUGAAAACGACGGAUUUAUAUUUAUAACAUGGACUGAGCAUAAUACGCUGUUCAUUUUUUUAUUCAAUUGCCAAAUGUCAUUUUUAUUCAAUGUUUUCCAUAAGGGUUCAAUAUUUAAACAUAGGCCUACGCUAAACACCUCAAGGUAAUACACUGUGGUGCAAAGAUGUAGACUAGCCGCUUUUACGUCUUUUCCUUUUUGCACAUGCAUUUCUCCGCAUGCAUUGCGCAGAUCUCACUGUGCCCCGGUCUGACUCCCGCAGCCACUUAAGGGUUAAGCAUCGCGAGCCUGUAAGUUGACACUUGUGAUUAAGCGCAUAGUUUUUGAACUGUCCGCUUCGAAGAGGAGAUUAUUGUCUGAGCUGCAUGCCGACGAGAGGGCAAGAAUGCUGGCGCCUCUGUGAUCCAUGAGGCGUGAGGGAAGAUGCAGGAGGAGCUGUCCGUGUUCGACUUGCUGGAGUGUCCCCUGUGCUUGGAGCCGCUGGACGCGACAGCCCGCGUCCUGCCAUGCCAGCACACCUUCUGCAAAGCCUGCCUGCGGAAGCUGGCCAGCUGCUGCCCCGAGCUGCGCUGCCCCGAGUGCCGCGCGCUGGCACCGGGGGGUGUGGAGGAGCUGCCCGCCAACGUCCUGCUGCUGCGGCUCCUCGAGGGCCUCCAGCGGGGCCCCAGGGGGGCGAGCAGCAGGAACAGGCCCCACUUGGCCCGGAAUUAUUCCCUAAGGAGAAGCAGGGAGGCUCGCUACUCCGCAGCCCGACCGGCACAAGGGCGUAAGAGCACUCCUGACAGGGUUCCCUGGUCCAGGGCCUUACAUAAUUACCACGGAAACCUCCCAGAAGAGUCCAGUGUUAAAUCAGGCGACAGUGCCAUUCCCCGGCGGAAGGUCGACAAAAACAGUUACCACAGAGACCCUCCCGGCAACGGCACCCCACCCCCCGCUGACUCGGCAAAGACGCAGCCGGCUCCGCCCCUCUGUCGUGCCCUCCAUGACUUCGGGCUCAAGGAGAAAGUGCAGGAAGACGGCAGGGACCUGCUGCCUUUCCUCAAGGGCGACAUCAUCACUGUAAUAAGACGAGUGGAUGAGAGCUGGCUGGAAGGUCGGCUGGGAGAUAAAACCGGCGUUUUCCCCGUCCGGGUCACUGAGCCAAAUUCGGCGGCUGUGAAACUCCUGGGGAAGCGGAGGGGACGGGGCUUUCCGGACCCCCGCCGGCGCCCUACCGGUGCCAACAGAGACAUCGCGGUGGUGGAGGCAUCUGGGCGCAGGCUUGGCCCCGGGGCCCCCCUCAGCCCCGCGGCGACCCCCACCUUGGCGACCCCCACCGCCGGCACUGUGAGCCGCCUCAGCCGGCGGCCCCAGGGCUCCCUGGGCGGAUGGCAGGACCCGGGUGUCAGCGGCCCCACCCUCCCGGAGCCUGGUGAUGCCGGUACGGUGGCCCAGGUCAUGGAGCGGCGCUCCGAUGGAUAUGGGAGCGCCCUGUUCCAGGGUCCCGCCCCGGCCCCCACAGAGAGGAAAGUGAUGCAGGAGACCCCGCCCAUCAUCACCAUGGCACUGGUCAGCCCCCAGUCCCUGAUGGCCUCUGCAGAGACCCAGCAGUCUUCCAGUCAGCAGCUGUCCAUCAGCGUGUGUGCCACGCUUUACUCCUACACCCCAUGCCGCCCAGAGGAGCUGGAGCUGCGCAGGGGGGAGAUGGUGGGCGUAUACGGCAGAUUCUCUGAGGGCUGGCUCCGGGGUCUGUCCCUCAGGACGGGCAAAGUGGGCAUCCUGCCUGCCAACUACAUCACACCAGUGCUCAGAACCACAGCGAGGUUCCUGGAGCCAAAAGCCGCUCCUCCCCCUCUGAGCGCUCCUGGGGGGAAGAGGCCGGUGGGGUGCAAGCCCCAAGGGGCAGGCCUGGGCCAGGACAGGCCCGCCACCAACGGGCCUAUUAGGUCAGCUGGACAUGGCCCUGCUGUUACCAUGGCGACCCAAGUCAUGUCUUCGGUAGGGGCCGGUUCCGGAUUGGCUAAUCCGCACUCCUUGAGGAGGGGUCUCAGGGCUUCGCACGGGGGCUCCUCCCUCCAGAGGAUCUCCUCCCUCCAGAGGAUCUCCUCCCAGGCACCUCUUUCGUCCGCGGUCCGACCCCAGCAGAUGGGCCUCCUGGGGAUCUCUCCACAGAGCCAGGGCCUGUCCUCCGUCCUCUUUACACCAAAGACGAGAAGUGGUCUUGCCCUAAGCACCUCCAGGCUGCCCGUCUGGAAUCACGUAGCGACAGCGCCCUCUGCUGAUGGCUCCCUGUCGUCGGAGCCCCGAGAUGCACCCAGAGGGCCUCACGAGAAGCAGGCUUCGGCACACCCUCAGUCAAUCCUGGUGAAACCAGACUCGCAGAAGAGCGCUGCGGAGAAGCCUCUCAAGUCGGUGCGGUUCCUCAGCCAAGAGGCAUCCCGGGAGAAAGCGAAGACCCUGCCGCCCAGGGCCCACGCCGGCCUUGCCGCCCAGCUUGGCCUCCCUGUCCUGGAGGCGUGGGGAAGCCUUCCGGCACUCUCCACCAGGCAGCCCGUGCUCGUGGACGGCAAAACCGCCGGGAUGCGGAGGGGCGGCACUGUGGAGGGGCUGGAGAGAGUCGGCUGAGCGUGUCUGAGGGAUGGUGCCACAUGGUGCCCAGGUCUGUCUGUGACACGCUACACCCUAACCCUAACCCUCACUGUAAACCUGAGCCUGCAGCAGUCCAUGAGGCCCCAGCUGCUGAACCAUCCAGUGUCCCAGCAGUGGUCCUGAAACCCACUCUCUGCACCCGCUGCUUUCUGCAGCUCUGUAACACACAUCAUAUUGCCCCUUAGAGCCCUCUUAUAUAGCCUAAGGGCAGCACUGUGGCUUGGGUGACCGAGUGUCCUGUCAUGGUGUCCCCUGGAUGGGCUUUCAGCUUACAGUUACCCUGCACUGGACAAGGGCUUCUGGGAAAUGGAUGCAUGAUGUAACCUUGUUAAAAGCAAAGAUGAAAAUGGACAAUGAACUGCCCAAUCAUAAUCAUCGUCAUCAUCGUCCUCCUGUGAUAAUUGUGCACAUUUUAAAAAGCAAAAAGCAGGAGCUUUUUUUUUUACCAGUGUUUCAGUCUGUUACAGUAUCGAGUCGCACUUUUGCUUCUAGUGGGCAGGUGCGUUAACACACACUCCUGUCUGCUGCGAGCUCAGCAACACUGAUGUUCUCACACACUCCUGUCUGCCGCGAGCUCAGCAACACUGAUGUUCUCACACACUCCUGUCUGCUGCGAGCUCAGCAACACUGAUGUUCUCACACACUCCUGUCUGCUGCGAGCUCAGCAACACUGAUGUUUUGUUCUCACACACUCGUCCGCUUUCCUUGGGUGACUUACCCUACAAAAUGCUGAGUGUGCAGGUGAACUUUCCCAGAUGCAUUUCACAUGUCCGUAAUCAGAGGUGCUUAGGACCACUGAGUGUUUCUGAGUAACAAGGCAUGUACGUUCAGUUCUGAUCUUACUGUUCAGUGAUUUAGAUCUAACCGUAUUUAACCCAUUGUCACUUGCAAUUACUCUUGGCUCACUUGAUGUUCUGCAACAUCGCAGAUUUGGAGCUCUGAUUAUUUUGUAUUUUCAUUUUUGCUGUGUGGUGCUUUAUUCAGGCCGAAAGAUAACAGUAACAUGUAAGUAUGGAUUACAAAGACAUUAUUAAAUGUAUAUAAUAAUAUUCCUGCAAAGUGCAAACCGAUGUGUGAAUGGCCAAAAUUAUUUGAAACUAUUAUUCAUGUUUAAGGUAUUAAACAUUUGAGGUGGCUUUCUUGUACUUAAACCAUGUGCGUUCACUUUUAGUCCAGUGUGGCUGGUAUUACAAGUUUGCAGAUGGUUUAAAAACCAGCCACCAGUAUGACAGUGAGCAGAUGUUGUUUCUCAACGUCACUGUGCAAUCAUGCAGCCACCUUAGUUUGAAAUGCACUGCAUUCUAUUCUGAUUAGUGAACGCCAGUAACUCCACUAAAUAUUAACCAGUGAAAACAUACCAACAUGAUGAAUAUAACCUCUUUCUUGUACUAAUUGCAUUUGUAAAUAGCAGCAUGUAUGGUAUGACUAUCUUCACGUGUCUUCAUGCCAGUUAAACAAGUGGCUUGGUUCUGUUUUCCAGCGGUGCCAUAAUUUAAAGAUACAGCAUGUAAUUAACUGCCAGCAAAUCGGAGGGUGGUGGGGUGCAGGGUUUCCAAAGGUCACUCAGGGCUCUCAGUAGCUGAGUACUGGCACAGCAAUACUGCCCAGUUUCAGGUAAGCAGUGGUAACCAACAUGCCCAGUCGCUAAUUAACUGCCACCUGCCAUAAUUCUCACACAGCUCCCUAUAUGCUACGGACUCACAGGUGGUUCCAGCAAAGCCCCCCCAUCAUUACAGGGAGUGUUCUUGGCGUGCCUGCAUAUCUGGGGACUACACCCCAGCUUAAACCGUAGCAGAAACCUGAGGUGUCGGGACCUGCCCGAAACGAAAGGGAAGAGCUUUCAGAGAGAUCCUUAAAUGUUCCUCAGUUAGCACACUAAUGCCAUUAUAGAAAGCAGCAUUUUCACUUAUUAAUUCCAAACUAAGACCAGAAUAAACCUGUAAUAUUCCCCAGCAGAUUAAGGCCCUUGCAUUAUGCCGAUUAUUGCUGGCAGUGUGACACGCUGGUACUUUAGCUGAACAUUCUUACAAUGUCAUGUUACGAAAAGUGUGUUACAACCCUCUUAUUGCCUGUGUGAGACAGUGACAUAUUUUCAAAAAAUAAAUUGCUUUAUGUUGGGAAAGGAAA